AUCUUGUAGGCCUUUUCUUAGGGUCCGCUGUCCUUUUCUACAGAAGGGAACGGCCGUCGAACCCAGGCUUAUUUCUCCCUGUCCUCCGCCUCUUCCUCCUCCACCAUCCUUUUCCCAGAGGCAGGCUGUGGCCUGGGAGUAGGUGCUGGAAGGAAGACCCCUCGGCUCUUCUUGGCUGGGUCUGGCCGAGCGGGUCGAUGAGCCCUGAGGUGUUCGGCACCGGCUCCCACAGAGGGGGAAGCAGGAACGGGGCGGCCGGAAAAGGGAGAGGAGGCCAGCGCCUUUGAUUCUGCGCCGGGGAGUGAGGGGUUUAUGCGAGUCUGUCACUCUCGGCGGCUUCGCCGGUGGCCCCCAGGGUGCGCCUGUGCCAUUUGUUAUCUGAAUUACCACGCAAACGGAAGCAACACAGGCUGUGAUCGUGAAUUCCCUUCUCGAUCGUAUCGCAGACUCGGUGCCUGCCGUCAAUGUCACACUGCGGUUAAACACCUGGCAGACGGUUCUUGGUCCCAGAGUGGUUGCAAGUGCAGCUAUUGAUUGGGAGAUGGUUCAAGAAAAUCUACCUCACAAAUUCCAUUUAUUCACCCAUGUGCUGCAUCACUGGAAAUAACAGAAACUUUGCAGUCAUUCUUGAAAGUCUCAGAACAGGCGGAUACCAAGUUGGUGUAUUGCACCCUAAGAUUGGGUCAACAUCCAAAGUAUUCUUGAUUUCACCAGUAUGAUCCAUCAUUAAUAUAUGUCUUAAUAAAGUUUGCACAGGCUUCAAACAAUACUUCUUGUAGUUUCUUCUGAGUUUUUCAAGAAAUGGUUGCUUGACAUCUCCUGCUGAAAGAAAGUGGCUUCUCUUAUCUGUUCCUGGAAGUAUUGAUGGAAUGCAGUCAUGUCUACACAGGAAGAAAGGCAGAUCAAUACAGAAUAUGCUGUAUCCUUACUGGAGCAGUUAAAGUUGUUCUAUGAACAGCAGUUGCUAACGGACAUUGUUUUAAUUGUGGAGGGCACUGAAUUCCCUUGCCAUAAGAUGGUUCUUGCUACUUGUAGCUCUUACUUCAGGGCUAUGUUUAUGAGUGGGUUGAGUGAAAGCAAGCAAACACAUAUCCAUCUGAGGAAUGUGGAUGCAGCCACUUUGCAAAUAAUAAUAACUUAUGCAUACACGGGUAAUUUGGCAAUAAAUGAUACAACAGUCGAACAGCUUUAUGAAACAGCUUGCUUUUUACAGGUAGAAGAUGUAUUACAGCGAUGUAGAGAAUACUUAAUUAAAAAAAUUAAUGCAGAGAAUUGUGUACGGCUUUUAAGCUUUGCUGAUCUUUUCAGUUGUGAAGAAUUAAAACAAAGUGCUAAAAGGAUGGUAGAACACAAGUUUACUGCUGUGUACCACCAGGAGGCUUUCAUGCAACUCUCACAUGAUUUGUUGAUAGAUAUUUUAAGCAGUGACAACUUAAAUGUGGAAAAGGAGGAGACAGUUCGUGAAGCUGCUAUGUUAUGGCUGGAGUACAAUACGGAAUCUCGAUCACAGUAUUUAUCAUCUGUUCUUAGCCAAAUAAGAAUUGAUGCACUUUCUGAAGUUACACAAAGAGCUUGGUUUCAAGGCUUACCACCAAAUGAUAAAUCUGUAGUGGUUCAAGGAUUAUAUAAAUCUAUGCCGAAGUUCUUUAAACCAAGACUUGGAAUGACUAAAGAAGAGAUGAUGAUCUUCAUUGAAGCUGCUGCUGAAAACCCUGGUAGUCUUUAUUCUUCAGUAUGUUACAGCCCACAAGCUGAAAAGGUUUACAAGCUUUGCAACCCUCCUGCUGAUUUACAUAAGGUUGGGACACUUGUAACUCCAGAUAAUGAUAUUUAUAUAGCAGGUGGGCAAAUCCCACUGAAAAAUACAAAAACCAACCACAGUAAAAGUAGCAAACUACAGGUUGCCUUCCGAACUGUGAAUUGCUUUUACUGGUUUGAUGCCCAACAAAACACAUGGUUUCCAAAGAGUCCAAUGUUAUUUGUUCGUAUAAAGCCAUCACUGGUUUGCUGUGAAGGCCACAUCUAUGCAAUUGGAGGAGACAGUGUAGGUGGAGAGCUCAACAGAAGGACUGUGGAAAGAUACGAUACUGAGAGAGAUGAAUGGACCAUGGUGAGCCCACUGCCCUGUGCGUGGCAAUGGAAUACAGCAGUUGCAGUUCAUAACUGCAUUUAUGUAAUGGCACACAACCUGAUGUACUGUUACUUCCCCAGGUCAGAUGCUUGGGUUGAAAUGGCAAUGAGACAAACAAGUAGAUGCUUUGCUUCGGCUGCUGCUUUUGGGGAUAAAAUAUUUUAUAUUGGAGGCUUGCAUGUUGGUAGCAACUCUGGUAUAAGACUCCCCACUAGCACUGUAGACGGGUCUUCCGUAACUGUGGAAGUUUAUGAUGUGAAUAAAAAUGAAUGGCAAAUGGCAGCCAAUAUUCCUGCCAAGCGGUAUUCUGACCCCUGUGUCAGAGCUGUUGUGAUCUCCAAUUCCUUGUGUGUCUUCAUACGAGAAACCCAUAUGAAUGAGAGAGCCAAGUAUGCUACCUACCAAUAUGAUAUGGAGCUUGAUCGUUGGUUCUUGCGCCAGCAUAUAUCUGAGCGGGUGCUCUGGGAUUUAGGGAAAGAUUUUCGGUGCACUGUAGGAAAGCUGUAUCCAUCUUGCCUUGAAGAGUCCCCAUGGAAACCUCCCCCAUAUCUUUUUCCACCUGAUGGGGCUGAUGAGUUUGAGCUGGAUGGAGAGAUGGUUACAUUACCACCUGUAUAGCUCCCAGAAUUCAGAGACUGCAUGCUUGUGACUGGCUAUGAUGAGAAUUCUUUGAGACAGCAGGGCUGAAAACAGAAACCUUAAGCUGACUUCUGUGUAUGCCCAGUUUAACAUUUUGUGGCUCUUAAGUGUAAAUCAGUGAAAUUUAUGAGCAGAUAUGCUUCCAUAAUCUGAAACAAUCCCUCUCGUAGCUGAUGGGAUCUAUAUGUAUAUUGCAAGCUUAAAGCAUCUGCUUAUUGUCCAAAUUUUUAGUCCUGUGAAGACUUUUCGUUCAGGAAACAUUCACAAAAGCAGCUUCUUUUUCUAGGACGGUAUGUUAAUUGCUCAAAGUAUCUUCCAGUUAUAUCAGAGUGCAUUCUGGAAAUCUCUGUAUGUGCUAGUUAUAUAGAUUGUGUGGCCUAACGGAAUGUGCUGCACAUUAAUAAACAACAGCCGUGUUGGUAUAAUAAUGCCAUGUAAAAGAAGAAACAAAUCCCAUGGAUCUACCUGUGGUAGGAAGGGUAGAUCUUCCAUUUUAUGGUGAUAUGCAGGGCAAAAUGACUGCAGGCUCAGUCAAGCUGUAUUAUUAUAAUUAUUAUUAGGUGCAUGUAUUUUCACUAACUUAUACCUGUCUAUUUAGAAUACAGGUCUUCCGAGCAGCUGGUAGUUUACCAGGUGUGAACUUACGUUGCUGGGCUUGCAAUACAGAUUGCCAGCCCUUCCUAGUGCGGGUCUGUGUGGAGCUUUUGAUCAGUAAAUAGCUCCGCAUUCUGUGUUUCAAAAAUAUUGGCUCAUGCAUAUUACUUCCUGCUGCUUAUGUUCCUCCUGCCCCAGUGUAAACCAAGAGAUAGCAUGGAUUUACCAGAUGUUGGGGUUUUGUUUUGUUUUUUGUUUUUUUGCUAAUUUAAUAACAAGCAUUACUGUAGUGUGAUUGUGUAUAGGUACCCCUUAACUUUUUUUUUGUUUGUUUGGAUUUUUUAAAAAAAUUUUUGGAGGGGGGAACAAAUUUUGUUCAGGAAUAUUCUGCAGGCGAGCAGUUGACUAGUGCUGCUCUGGCAUUAAUCCCAGGAACCACUAGCAGUAGCGGGGCACCGCCAAUCUUACAUGAGCACAGGUGCUUCAUGAUGGAUCAUACUAGCAUGUUCAGCUGCAUCAUGUUCUGGCACUGUAUUUUGAAUUAUAUUAAUUUAUUAAAAAACAAAUUAAAGUUU